AUGCCGACCGCCCUCGCGCGCCCUCUCGCGCCGCCCGCGGCGACGCGCGUCGCGCUCCGCGCGCGCGCGCUCCCGCGCGCGGCCGCACGCGUCGCCGCCGCGACGCCGUCCGCGACGUCCGCUGGGCCGCGGGGUGCCGCCGCCUCGUCGUCGUCGUCGUCGUCGUCGCGAGAUCUCGUCGCGUCCUCCGCGCGUCUCCGCGCCGGCGCGACGCCGCGUCCGCGGCGUCUCCAGACGCGUCCCCGGCGCGGGAGCCUCGUGAAGGCGCGCUUCGGCGCGGAGGAGGGGUUCGUAGUCCUCGUCGUCGCGGGCUUCAUCACCUACAUCGCGCUCAACUACGACGAGAUCGUCGCGAAGCAAAAAAUCGCGACGGAGAAGGCGAUGCGCGCGCAAGACGCCGCGAUUGGAGACGCGAAGCGGCGACAAAAGGAGGCGACGGACGCCGCGACGCGAGCGCAGGCGGACGCGGGCCGGAGAGCGAAGCAGGCCGCGGACGACGCGGCGAGGCGCGCGAAGGAGGGCGGCGGCGGGCCGCGGUGAUCCUACGCUCGUUCUAGAGACUAUAAAGGCUACUGUAUUCUCACGCUCUCUCCAGCCU